AGGGCAGUGUAGUCUGCAGAUGGAGUUGAGUACGUAUAUACGUAACUUACUUAUACCGAAACCGGUUGCCGGUUAGACAUUUCUUUGUUGGCAAGUGAAUAGUUUGGGUGACGUGUAAAACGGUCAGUAAGCAACAGUUUACUGUAAAUAAAAGAAGAAAUCUAGAAAGACAUCAUCAUGCCAGUUCCAGCCAUUCAGAAACCUGCCCCUGCUUUCCGUGGUACUGCAGUUGUGAAUGGACAAUUUAAAGAUAUCUCUCUUUCCGAUUACAAAGGGAAAUAUGUUGUGCUAUUCUUUUACCCAUUAGACUUCACAUUUGUAUGUCCAACUGAAAUUAUUGCCUUCUCUGAUCGUGCCCAAGAAUUUGAGAAUAUUGGCUGUAAACUCAUUGCAGCAUCAACUGAUUCUCACUUCAGUCACUUAGCAUGGGUAAAUACACCACGUAAGCAGGGUGGCCUUGGCGAAAUGAAUAUUCCUCUUCUUGCUGAUAAAAGUUCUAAAAUCGCACGUGACUAUGGUGUUCUUGAUGAAGAAAGUGGUGUUCCAUUCCGUGGUCUCUUUAUCAUAGAUGAUAAACAAAAUUUACGUCAAGUUACUAUCAAUGAUCUUCCAGUUGGCAGAUCUGUCGAUGAGACUUUACGCUUGGUUCAAGCAUUCCAAUUUACUGAUAAGCAUGGAGAAGUAUGUCCAGCUGGCUGGAAACCAGGAAAGAAAACAAUGAAACCUGAUGUUGUUGGUUCAAAGGAAUAUUUCAAGGAUUCAUAAACGAAGCAAAUGAAUAUAUCCAUGUACCUUUUUGUCUCACCCAUGUCUAUUAUAUUUUAUUUGUUACGAAAACCAACUGUAAUUCCAUAACUACAUAUGUUACUACAGUGUUGAAAGUAGCGAUAUCUUAAAUAUCAACGAUAAUAAUUUCUUACAAUAAAUAUAUGUAUUUUGUA